AUGGCACCCCGUUUCAAGAAUGCCGAGGCACAGCUCGCAGGCACAGCUCGCCACGGCGGCCUCGAUGCGCAAGGUCACCACCGGCCUGCUCCGGCAGGUCCUGGCCGAGAACAACCAACUGGCACCGCUCACAGGUCGAACGUGCCAAACCACCCAGGUGGCCGAGCUCACCACCGCGCUGAUGAUGCCAUCAGGCGCACCGUCCACCACCACCACCAGAAACUCAAGGAUACCAAGUGUAGCCAGACUGGCCGAGGGAGGUCAAGCUCCCUGAAGCAGACAAUGAACCUGUUGAGCACAAGGUUGACAUCAAACCUGGCGAGACACCAAAGCGGCCCGAACUCGAGAGAAAAGAGCAAGAUCUGA